UGAUGACUCGUAAAAUAGCGAAGUUUCGUCUCUGUAAUAAAAUGUGAAUUUGCCUGUGUUGUUAGUUAAUCGUGACGUAUAUACGUGCUCUCACGCCUAAAGUCGACGAGUUGCAUACAUAUAUAGCAAAUGUUAAACAUUUGUCGAUAGAGGAUAAAAACAGAGAGUACACGUAUACAUGUAUAUGGUACGAAGAAAUUUGCACAAGAGAAAAACAGUGUAGAACAACGGUAGAAGUAAGGACAGACGAAGGAAGAAGAAGGACAGAAAUUCGUGUUUUUGUAGUUGAUAUUCAAGGGAUCCUGCGAAGGGAUACUUGUCAGGCAAAAUUACCGAUAGAACAGGAAGCAUUGUGCUACGUCGUGUUCACGUUUAUUUGAAUAAAUUCUUGUUGUGUGUCGUUCUGUUGUAACGAAAAGAAAGUGCACGCGACCCUUCGAGGACGCGUUGUCGAUCAUUGUUACAGUGGAAGCUUUAGAAAAUGGCCGACAAUUGGACACAGAGCGUUGUUUGCCGCUAUUUCAAAAAUGGUAUGUGUCGAGAAGGGAGCAACUGCAGAUAUCACCAUAGCCAAAGUGCCAGGAAUGAUGGGAGUACCACAGAAACAGUAAUAUCUAGCCCUGCACCGCCUUUCAUUGAUGCUUGUCGCUUUUUUAAGCAUGGCACCUGUAAGUUUGGAAAUCAGUGCCAUUUUCGUCACACCACUGAAACUGCUGAAAAUAAUUCAGAAGAUGCAAAUAUGAUAGAUAGUGCUUCGCCUGGGCAACACGCUUCGAGUACUUCAACUUCGUCAUCAAUAAAGAAUAUUAUAGAAAGUGCCUCUAUGUACGAAGAAUGGGUGAAAGCACCGGAAUUUGUACCUUCGUCUGUUGCUGGUUCCUCUUCGGCAAGCGAGACGUGCACUACCUUAGGAACAUCUGCAAGCUCUCCGUAUCCGGUAUCUUACGCGCAAGCUGUUAAUCCUUCUGGUCAAGCAUCCAGUUUAUCAGUAGAACCACUCUGUCCAUAUGCAAUGGCAACUGGAAUUUGUAAAAAACGUAAUUGUACAUACUUGCACGGAGAUAUCUGUGAAUUAUGCAAUCGCGCUGCACUACAUCCACACAACGAAGAUCUACGAAAGAAACAUACGAAUGCAUGUGUUAAGCAGCACGAAGUAGACAUGGAGCUUUCUUUUGCGAUUCAGCGUAGUAGAGAAAAGUCUUGUGGAGUCUGCUUUGAAAUAGUGAUGGAGAAAGCAUCUGGUGAACAGAGAUUUGGUAUUCUACCAAAUUGCAAUCAUUGCUUUUGCUUAAGUUGUAUCAGAAAGUGGAGACAAGCUAAACAGUUUGAUAAUAAGAUCAUUAGGGCUUGUCCUGAAUGUCGUGUCACUUCUGAUUUUGUGUGUCCAAGUAUGUACUGGGUAGACACGAAGGAAGAAAAAGAAAAAUUAAUAAUGGACUAUAAAUGUGCAUUGAGCACCAAAGAUUGCAAAUAUUUCAAUAAAGGACGCGGCAAAUGUCCUUUCGGUAACAAAUGCUUUUACCUCCACGCGCUUCCCGAUGGUACUAAAACAGACGUUGGUCCACCUGUUCGUCAAAGACGUAACGCCGACGAUGAAAUUGAUUUCUUGCGUCAGUUUUUCUUGUGGGAUUUCCUAGAAGAGAGAGACGACCGCUGGUUACUCGACUUGGAGCUCGAUGACAUUGUCACUGUGUUUUCAGAUUCGGAAGACUCUGAUUGGUCUGGGCACGAACUUUCUUAUGAGUAGUUGUACUAAAAUUCGACAAUCAUUUCUGCUGUUACUGUUAUCUGUAUUAUCUAUCUUAUCCACCACUUAUAUGUGGUUUCAGUGGCUGAAUAGACAAGUAGUUUACGAAUUGUUUGAAUGGUUAUGGUUCAAAGGUAUCCUGUCUGUGUUGUGUGCUUCGCUUGGUGAUAUAUUUACAUUGAAAGACGUGUAAAUGCAUCGGAUUGGUAAAUAGAAGAUAGCAGUAGUAAACGAGUCGCAUGUAUAAUAAUGACAAGGUUUUUAAUACUAUACUAUCACACUUUGUAAUAAUUUUUUUCGCAUAUUCUUGACCAAUAUUCUUACAAAUAAUACUCAAUCAUAAGACGUAUGCAUCAGAUUUGUUACAUCAGUGGUCCAAAUUAAUUCAAAGAAUAGAACAUAUUUUGCCAGCAUAAACAGAUUCCACCAAGCCGCGAUCCUGUUUCACGUUUAAUGAUUUCUUCUUUAACAAGAAGUCAGUGGAAGAUACUGUUAGAUAACAAUGAUUACUUGUACGCUUAAAAAUUUUUGUCUAGUGAUGCUUGAUUUAGUAACAAAAUGAAUUUUCUUUAUUUACCUGAACAGAAUAAGUGUACUGUUAUCCUUUAUGCUUUUAAAUCAAAUUCAUUUUAUCGAUAUUGUUAUUAAUCGUUGGCGUGGAACUUAACGCUCCAAUAAGAACUUCUUGAGUAAGAUGAAAAGAUGAUCAUUUCUCUUACGAUAUAGUUUUAGUUUUUUCUUCUUUUAGAAUUACCUUUUAGAAUUACUUUCAUCUCCAUUAGGUACUUAUUCUGUGGGCAGAGAAAACCAAGUCUGACUUUCACUAUGUUUUUCGUGUUACUCGACUUGGCAAAUAAAGAAGAAUUCAUGGAAAAUAGUGUCCAAUUUAAAAAAAGAACAGUAAACCAUUAUUUGCAAUAAUCAGUAUAAUGCAUCCUGCAUUACCCCCUGUUACGGCUCUGUGAACAUUUAAAAAUACAACAAAUUCCUUAAAUUAUUCGAUUGUAUAGUGUUAGUUUUUAAUUGAUAUAGAAUUAAGGUAUCCGUGAUAAUUGCGCAAAUCGUGUGUAGCAUGUAAUAAAGUAUGACUGUGCGAUAGUAUGGAUCUUUGGUUGAAUGUUUGUAAUGGUAAAGAAAACAAAAAGAAAUACUAACAAAUACGUAUUGAUUCCGAAUUUGAGAAUGAAUAAAAAAGAAGAAACAAUAUUAUACGAACGUUAGGUGAACGAAAGUAGUUCUGGGAUUUUUUAUCAAUUCGUCUUUAUAUUUUAUUAUUUAUUAUACAUUUACACUUUUAAUUGCUACCUAUCGGAAUCGAUGAUGCUGUUGUAGCAGACAAGUAUAAUUAUGUGUAAUAAUGAAUGAAGGCAAUCCUAGAGCUGUAUAAAGAGAAAUAAAAGCCAAAGAAUAUGGUAUCAAUUCUUUCGAUAGAAGUACUUCAUUGCAGAUAAACAGUUUCAAUGGUAUUAAAGGAAUUCGCCUGAAUGAGUAUUACGUUAAGUGUUUUUGCGCAUAUAAAUUCGAUCUGUUGUUUGUAGGAGUAAGAAAACAAAAUAAUGUUUCUUUUGCAAGAAUCUACUCUCAGUGUUGCCUUUAGUGAAAAGUCAGUUAACGUUACUUGAUAUUUUACUGGACAAACUUUCUGCGCACGCAAGUUGUUUGUACUUUCUAUAAAAUUUUUAUACUGUUAAUUUUAUAGAUAAUUGUUAUAAUUCGGCGUUUAUUGUUAUUGCUAACGCUAUUUAUAAAAAACAAGAACUUGAAGUAUUUGAUAUAAUAUUAUGUAUGGUAAAUAUCUAUUUUAAAAUAUUUCUUUUUUCAUUAACUAUCAGAGCUAAAUGAAGGUACAUAUUAUACUAUUACUUUUCUUGAAUGUUUAGAAUCAGUGUUGGGUGUCGAUCGAUUUCAACAAUUCACAAUUAAUCCAAUCGACGAUUAAAUGUAUCUAUGUCAGUUAAAUGAAAAAUUUAAUCGUUAAUUGCGUUAGAUGUUGCCCAAUUCUGAAUCGAAAUCCGCUACUGCUUCACGCGUUAACAAUAAGAAUAAUAAGAACUUUGUGUAUUUGUCAACACUGGGCGUUGCCACUUCUCGUCAGUUCGAAUUUAGUUUUGUUUUUAAAAGCGUGUUCUUCGCGUCAGCAUGUCGUGAAGGAGCGAACGUGUUUUCCGAGUGCCAAUGAAUUUGAUUACGAGUCUCCGACGUGUUAAUUUAUUUUAGUUUUACAAUGCGUGGCGCCGGCGAAGUGGGUGGGGGAGUGGUCUAAGAAAUAUUGUUGUCGAUUAAACAGAAUGCCGUGCGUUCGUGUAUUUACAGAUGUGCAUAAGUGAAUGUAUAGGAAUUUGAAUUUUUAUAUGGUUUGUGAGUGGCUGCCUGAGUCGUAAACUUGCAAAUCUAAUUGCUUGAGCGAUACUAGCUAUAGGGCGUGCAUUUUAGGUACAACUGACCUUGACUUUUACUUCCUACUAUAUCAUAGUUCUCCAACAUGGCGACUUCCGUUCCCCGGUUGACGUCAAAAUUUUAUUUUCUUUGUUUUUAAUCUAUCUAUAAAAAAUUUCACGCACGCGACCGUGUCUGGAAUUCUUUAUAGUAAUUGAAAUAAUUUACUCAAACGAAAUUUCGACAAGGAGGCUGUGAGCCAAAAAAUGUUUGGAAACUAUACGCUGUAUCGACGAAUUUUUCGUGUUUUCGCGAGAAUCAGAUUCACAGAUUUAUUUUUACUUUAGCGAUUUGCUCUACUUUGUUGAAUUUCUUUAAUUUUAUGCGUAAUGAGAGAAACGCUUUAUGGGUCAGUGUUCUUAUUAUUUUUACGAUUUAUCGAUCUUUGUAACUGUCUGCAGACGGGUGCCGAUAACGCUGUUCAACUAAUUGUAGCAUUUUUUGUCGCAGAAAAUAAGUGUUGGACAGCGUAAUGUAAGACAAGACUGUAGAAAUAAUAGGUUUUGCGAAUUUCCCGUCUCAAUAAUCAAGGUUUUAUUAAACGGCGUUCAACGAUUAGACUGCGGAGUUUAUUCGUUUCUGAUAGAGAUGAUCGCGUGAAAAAAAAUUAAACUUAAUUUAUUCAAAUUAAUAAAAAGAGUUUUUAUUCGAAUUCUGUUUCAGAAAAUUUGUAAUCUUUCAUAAAGAUCCGCAGUCUAUCAACGACAACUUGAGCGUGGUAUUAAACACUUUAGCUACUGGAAGUCUAUUAAUAAACUUCUUAACGACUUUGGUACACUUAAAAGAAAUGAUUAAUAUUAUUACUUAAGAUGACUAAUGAAAUAACUUCCGAUAGGUAGAGUGUCAAAAUCGAAUGCCUCGAGUUCUCGUUUAGUUAUUGCGACGAGCCACUGCCCAACGUUAACGUGUCUUUUAAACUUAUUGUUAGUGAUAAAACAGGAAGUUAGAAGUUAAGGUGGUAACGAGUUAAGCAGUAAAUAAUUUCGCUGUACUAUUGCGAGGAUACGAUACCAUUGCCAAGUGUUCACGUGCCCCGCGUGAUCGAGAUCAUUAUUAACUAUAGAAAAUUUAUAAUGCUGUUAGACUAUCUACAAAUUGUCUUGUGCGUAACGAAACUGUAAUUUAUGAUUGGAAUAGACGCACAAGUUUCCCGGAGUUAUCUCGCGAUCAUUCUCGAGUAUCGAGUAGUUCGUUUAUAGUCAUUAAUUUGUAUAUUAGUCAAGCUCAAUGAGAAAAGUAAGUGAUAUGUAAUGUAUAUUGGCUUCAAUUUCAUUUCUUACGAUGAUAUAUUUUUGUUAUUGGAAGUAGACGAAUAAAUGAACCAUGCGUCUA